AAGAGGAGCCCCAAGGAAAUGAAUGCAAAGAUUGCCACUACAAUGCAAAAUGCAUCAACAGAGAAUGCGUCUGUAAAGCUGGUUACACAGGAGACGGAUUCGACUGUCGACCUGACACCUGCUUACCAGGCUGCAAGCAACAUGGCAAAUGCAUAAAGGGUUUUUGCGUCUGUGACCAUCACCACUAUUUUAAUGGAUAUGAAUGUGCACCAUACAAGAUAACCCACAGACCUUGUCCCAUUCAGUGUGCCACAGAGUGCCAUGCGAGAUGUCCACAAAGCUGCUGUAAACAUCAUAGAGUUCUUAAAAUACACUAUAAUGAUGCGAAUCCCCAGCAGAUGAAUGUUCCACCAAAUGAACUGCCACAUAAAAACGCUUCUUCUCCAAACCCAACAGCAGUACUUCUUAGGCCGGAAAGCAAAUUGAACGAACACCUUGCAAACUUUGCACCCGAUUUUGAGCAGCGACCUGACGACCCAGAGGCUGCUAAUCUGGAAGCAAUCAGCUUGAAAAAUCCUACAGGUGGAUUUUCAGUCUCAGAAAUGGAAGGAAGACCCCUUCUACAAAAGGAAGAAUGUCCAGGCGAAUGCAAAACUGAGUGUCGCGACUCUUGCCCAGUACGCUGUUGCCUGGGAAAGUGCCCUCUCAGUUGGAUGGAAAGCUGUCACCCUUCGUGUCCUAAGACCUGCUGCUAUUCUCCAGGAACUAACCACAUUUUUCCAAUGCUAGAUCCCAAGGUUCAGGAAAACUUCAUGACAACUAUGAUCGAAAAAUUCUGUCCCAAGGCGUGCAAAGCAAAAUGUAACUCAAAUUGUCCACCAAUUUGUUGCGAACGUAACUCGUCAGAUUCUGGAGGCAUAAGGAGUGCAAACGUUCAUCAAUUAAAGACUGAAGGCAAGCACGGUGCCGACUCUUUCAGAAAUGCGAUGAGCUGGUUUGGAAUGAUGAAUUUCGUGAAUAUGAUGUACAAUAUGUACGGUAACCUUUACGGCGCCAAUCAUUUCAACAAAAUCCCUUUCACACCGACGGACCGCAAAUUAAAGCCAAUAAAACCUACAAAACCCCAAACGACAAGUAUCUUAAACCCAUCAAAAGUGAAUGAGGUUGGCGUCCCGGAGAGUGCAGCGGUAUCCGUUCUAACUUGUCCAAAUUAUUGUAACAAGAGCUGCCGACAGGACUGUCCCCCGAGAUGUUGUGAGAGCAAAUCCGAAUCAAAGUCUUUGAAUGCAAUUGGAGUCCCACUGAAAUGUCCAUCAUCGUGCAAGUUGUACUGUUCUAAAAGUUGUCCAUCAAGUUGUUGCUCGAAAAGCAGCCCUCCAACGCCAUCAGGGCAGCAUCCAACUGGAGGAAUAAAUGUUGCAAAGUCGUUAUCAAUAUCUCCAUCUCCACAUAGUCCGGAACCGGCUCCGCCUCCAGCUCCAGCCCCAGCCCCUUCUCUACCAAGACCUCCAGCUGCUUGUACGCCAAUCUGUCCAGCCUACUGGUAUCCGCAAUGCUUGGAAAACUGUUGCCAAAGAGGUGAGGUUGCUAAUAAGAAGUCAUCUAAACAGCUAAGAGCUAAAAACCAAGGCAAGCAAUCAUAUGACACUUUCUUUGCUAAGGAACCUAAUGGCCCUAGCCAGGACUGUCCAGCGGUUUGUCGACGCAGCUGUGGUCCUUCGUGCCCUUUACGAUGUUGUGACCGCCCUAUUUCUUCACCAACAGCAACACAACCGGCAGCGCCCUCUCCGUCGAUGAAUACACCUCUCUGUCCAGGUUACUGUGCUUCGCAAUGCUUCCCCGCUUGUACAAUCAGUUGCUGCAAAGCUGGGUUUAUAAAGAGUAAUUCAAACCUGAACAUGCCUGCUCUUAGUCCAUCAAGAAGAGAACAUCGGCCUCCUACAAUAACUGAGUCAUUUCCACUUCCUCCUCCAGCGGCCGUUUGUCAUCCGGGUUGCUCACGAUCUUGCUAUCCAAAUUGUGACGAAUCGUGCUGCCGAGCAUCCGCCCAGGUUUUUAGGGUGCCUAAUUCAAAACCAGUCGGUGAUUCUUCCCAUCUGACCAUAAAAGUACCUUGUCCGUCCGAAUGCAGACCGUUCAAUUGCCUUUACUAUUGUCAUCACGAUUGUUGCUUGCCACGAAGUGAAACACGAAACUUGAAAAGACGUGGUUAUAAAGAUCUACGGAGAAAAUUCGGCGUAAUGAGGAGAGCUAAGACUCCAAUUUUAAAACCCAUUUUUAAGGCUUUUGGCAAGCGUAUUGCGAAAAAGAGGACAAAGAUACCCUCGCGAUCAUCUCAAAGAAAUCUACCAAACAAAGUUCACUGAGAAAUAAGUUCGCUUGCUGUUGGGUACCUAAACUACGGGUUUUGUUUUCUGGCGAACGUAAUCAAAGACCGCUGGAUGAAAACAGUUGCUAUAUCUCGCGUGUUAUGAGAUGAAGGACAAUAAUGAAUUGUGAAUCGACGCCUCUAGACCAAAGUAUUCAAUGAGCACCACACCCUGGCAAGCUCUGACUCUACCAUGCUCGACAGACAAGUUACUAAGAAUGAUAGAAAGUUACAUUUUUAGACCUCAUAGGCUAGUCCCUAAGUCAACAAGCUAAUUAUAGCGAUGUUACAUUUUAAAAACAAAAUUUAGUGUUCAUCAACAAGAUAACUAGGCAUCCCAGCAGGGAAACCCUUCUACUUUUCCUGUCCGAUAUAUCUUUUUUGCAACAACAACAACAACAAUUUAUUUUGCAUUAGGGUGGGGGAUUACAAUGAUUAAAAAUUACUAAAGAAAAAUAAAGAAAAAGAAAAACCUUACAUAAUUGACACUGUCCGCAAGUAGCACAGGCUAGUCGCGGCGGGCAGUAACAACAAUUUGUUAAGAGUCUUUUCGGUAUACAAGGGAGCUUUUAAGCUCAGCAGUCAUUCGUCAUCAUUUAUCAUUCUAAGUUAAUGCAACGGGGGACCAACCAAUGACUGUACGAGUCUGAUUUUUUACUUGAUCACUGAUGACCAAGAUUCUUAUUUCAACCACAUUCGUAAGAUUUUGAACCAAUCAUGAGUUCAACAAGAAAUGAGCUCGAGCCGCAAAUGAUUUUUUAACACUCCAAAUUUCAUUAGCAAAAAGUCCCAUUACUGGGAGUACAUUCGUUAUGAUGACAACUGCAAUAUGCUCCCAAAUUUACGUACUUGGCGUGCAUUCUAGAUAUUUAUUUUCCAAAUUGCUUCAUUUACUAUACCAAGUAUUCCGGACUGGUUUUGUCGGAGUUUAACAUCAGUACAUCAGCAGGCUGGAAACGAAAAGAUUGCCAUUGAGAAAGACGUUCAAUCUUCUCUCUCAAAUUUACAACACUGUGUUACAAAUAUAU